AUGUCAAACCCACUUCGCGAUCUUGACUUUGGGGCUGUUGCGGAGGAGCCUUGGAAAUUCUUUGAGAGCCUUCAACAAUCACGACCCAAUUCAUCGGUCGACAAUUAUUACAAUGUCAAGAUGAUACAGACCAGAAUUGUUCCUCAAAAGGGUAUCGUUUUGUGGCGGGAUAAAAAAGUGCUCCCACCUAAAUAUCUUCCUGUACUUUGCGCAAGGAUGGGCAAAAGCGACAAAAAGUCCAAAACUGCUGAGAAAAAGGCCCGUGUAGCCGCUAAACAGUCUAAGAAAUUGGCUCAGAAGGAGAAGAAACUCAAAGCAAAGGGUCAGGCUGAUGACAGCGAUGCUGAAGAUGUUGAUCUGGAUGCUGUUUUGGCAGCAUAUGCAGAAGAACAGGCCAAGUUCCUGAAGGUCACCGAGGUCAGCUGCGGGCCACCGUCACCACGUUCUUCCUCUACCUUGAUUGCGUCGCCAGCAAGGCGAAGUGAGCUCUUUCUCUUCGGAGGAGAAUAUUUUGAUGGCACAAUAGCCACGUUUUACAAUAACCUUUUUGUCUAUCAAGCUGAUAAGCAUGAGUGGCGGGAGGUCACCAGCCCAAAUAGUCCUCUCCCCAGGAGUGGACAUGCAUGGUGUCGCGGGGGAAAUGCAGGAGAAUUUUCCUCUCCAAAACAAGGAACCUUUUAUCACUAUAAUGAUUUCUGGCACCUAGAUCCAUCGUCAAGGGAAUGGAGUAGGAUUGAAACAAAGACCAAAGGGCCUCCUGCAAGGAGCGGGCAUAGAAUGACUUAUUUCAAGAAUUAUAUACUAUUAUUUGGCGGUUUCCAGGAUACUUCCCACCAGACAAAGUACCUUCAGGAUUUGUGGAUAUAUGACUGUCAAAAGUAUACGUGGCAUAACGUUAUUCUUCCUCCAGCGUCCCAAAAGCCAGAUGCUAGAUCCUCAUUUUCAUUUCUUCCACAUGAAUUCGGCGCGGUACUUUACGGAGGAUAUUCUCGAGUAAAGAUGAGCGCCGCGGCCAACAAGCAGCAGAAAGGGGGAGCGCAGCGUAUGAUCCUCAAGCCAAUUGUUCACCAAGACACCUGGUUCUUACGAAUUACCCCACCCCCAUCUGAUGCUCCCUCCACUGCAAUGCCUACGAUUCGAUGGGAGCGGCGGAAGAAACCGGCUAAUCCUCCGAACCCUCUCCGGGCGGGUGCAACUAUGGCAUUCCACAAGGGAAGAGGAAUUAUGUUUGGCGGCGUCCACGACGUUGAGGCAACCGAAGAUGGGAUUGAAAGUGAAUUCUUCGACAGCCUUCACGCAUGGAACAUUGACCGAAACCGAUUUUUCCAAUUGGCUCUUCGUCGGCCGCGUGCAACAGGCAAGAAGCAGCAGGCUGCUAUGAAGACCGAAAAGCGGAGCCGGGGUAAAGCAGAUGAAGAGGACCUACUGCGCAACCUCGCGCUCGUUGAAACUAAGGCCAUAGAGUCGCAGCCGAUGGACAUCGACUCUCCAGAAAAUGAGGACGAGGAUAACGGAGAGAAACGAAACUUGACAGUUCGCUUUGAAAUGCCGCACCGGAGGUUCAAUUCCCAAUUAGCGGUGCUGGAUGAUACACUGUUUAUUUUUGGCGGCACCUUUGAAAGAGGAGAUCAGGAAUUUACAUUUAACGACAUGUAUUCCAUUGAUCUAGUGAAACUGGAUGGCGUAAAGGAGAUAUUCUACAACGAGCCUGAACAUUGGAAUGAUGUCAUUCCAGUCGACACUGAUGAAGAGGACGAGGAAGAGGAAGAAUCAGACGACGGAGAAAAUGAGGAUAUAGAGAUGGAGUCGGUAGAAGUAGCGUCGACCGCAGCAACAAGCGUCACGGAACCUGCGCAGAUGGAAACAGAGGUCGAACAAGAAUCAGAAACCCCUGCCCAGGAUUCUCGACCGCAUCCCCGACCUUUUGAGUCUCUGAGAGAUUUCUUCAACAGGACCUCCUCGGAAUGGCAGGAUAUUCUAAUAUGUAAAAUGAACACUGCUAAAUCUGGAUCAGAAAUGAGCAUAAAGGAACUUCGAAAGGAAGCGUUUGCUCUUGCUGAAGAGAAAUGGUGGGAUUGCAGAGAAGAAAUCACAGCUCUGGAAGACGAACAAGAAGAGGCUGGCAUUGGGGAGGUCGUCAGUAUGGCCGAUAGAAGUGACGUUCCAACGGCAGGACGUCGGAGAUAA